AUGGCUGAAGUCCCUCAAGAGAAAAAGAAAGAAGUAUCUGCAGAGCCCCUCCUUCCUGUGAUUAAUGAGAAAGGCGUCCGAGAACUGCUGGAUCCAAAAAAUCCUAUUGAGGAACCCUCCAUUCGGUACAAUAUGGACACAGAUGUUUGUAAUUUUCUUAUCCAGAUGGGUGAAGAUUACUUAGAAGCCUUAAUGGAAAUGGCAUGUAAGCUCACAAAGAGAAGGGAUGCUGAGAAGAUCGAAGUAGAGGAUUUAAUACUCGCUCUUCGAAUGCUGCAACCAUGCGAUCAAAAAAGCGAGCCUUCCAAGACUUUUGCUGAUUAUCCAGACCCAAAAGAGUAGGAGCGAUUCUAAUUAUUUAUUUUCAAUUUUUGAGCCAAAA